CUUGUCUGUUCUAGAACUACAGAGCUAACCCGUGCUGGUGCUGUGGUAGGAGAGGGGGCCCGGUUUUUGGUCGGUCCGGAGGGAAUGGACACCUUUCUGACCUCAUUUGUACUGAUGCUCAUGUGUGUCCAAUGCUCAACUCAGAGACUCUCUUCGGCCGGAAAAAAUGUCUGCCUCAGUGUCAGGGAUUCUUCUCUCAUCUGUUGUUCUGGAUGGGGCCAGGACGGUCAUGAAUGCACCGUCCCCCUCUGUGAGGGAGAAAGGGCCUGUCUGCAGGAUGAAGUGUGUGUUUAUCCUGGACUCUGUCGAUGUAAACCUGGAUUUUACGGGUACCAGUGCAAAACCCCUUGUCCUCCUGAAUUUUGGGGGCCGGAUUGUCGAGAGCUCUGUCCCUGUCACCCUCAUGGGCUCUGUGACCCAGUCACUGGUGAGUGCUCAUGCCUGCCCAACCGCUGGGGCAGCCUGUGCCAAAACAGCUGCAAAUGUGGACGUCAUGGGAAAUGUGACCCCGUCUAUGGCAACUGUACUUGCGAGGAGGGUUGGUGGACGUCCACUUGCUCCAAAGCCUGUCAGUGCCACCUUUCCACAUCCACUUGUGAACAAGCCACGGGACGCUGCCUGUGUAACAAAGGUUACUGGGGCCAAAAGUGCAGCCUGCAAUGCAACUGCUAUGUGUCCCCCUGCCAUCAGCGCACAGGGGCCUGUCAGUGCCAGCAUGGCUGGUGGGGUCCGUCCUGUGAUCGCCGUUGCAUUUGUGAUCUCAGCAAAGCAGACUGUGACGUGCAAACUGGCAUCUGUCUGUGCUACCCAGGUUACAAAGAGCCUUUUUGCAAUGAGCCUUGUGACAGUGGAAAAUAUGGCAGAGGCUGUAGGAGAAGUUGUGGACACUGUGAAGGAGGCAGGUCUUGCUCCAAACAGGACGGCCUGUGUGAUGCCUGUGCAGCAGGGUGGAAUGGCACUCGCUGUGACCAGCCGUGUCCUGGAGGUUAUUAUGGCCACCGCUGCCAAGAUGUUUGUCCACGUUGCAGAAACAUGGAGCCAUGUGACACAGAAACAGGAGCGUGCUUACAAUGUGAUCCCGGUUGGACUGGACCGAGCUGCGCCAAACCCUGCACAGAUGGUACAUACGGAGAUGGAUGUCGUUUCCUGUGUAGAACCUGCCAUCAUGGUCACUGUGACCAUGUGACAGGAAGUUGCAUUUGUCUUCCUGGCUUCCAGGGUGAGAGCUGUAACAGCACAUGUCCCGCUAACCUGUAUGGCAUCAACUGCUCCUCCUCAUGUGACUGUGGGAACCAUGCAUGCCAUCCAGCCACGGGAGCUUGUCCAAACAGUAGCAGGGCAGGACUCUUAGCAGGGCUUUUGGUACCCUUUUGCAUUUUAAUACUCGCCUUGUUAUUCUGCUGUUGCUGUUGUGGGAGACCCGUCGAAGGGAAGGAACGAGUGGCGGUUGGAGAUGGCAGCCCUGCGGUUCGCAUGAAGCAUCACGUUUAUACUGUGCUGGCCAACAUGGGUUCAGCAAUGCCGUGCAUUACUCUUUGGUCAUCUGGUUUGCCUAGGGUUACAGUAUCUCAUCAUGAUCCUGAGCUCACAUUUAACCACAGCUUCAUUGAGCAGCCAUCGUCAGGCUGGGUGACUGAUUCAUUUGAAACUGACGAUGAAGGAGAGGCCGUCUACUGUGAACCACCCAGGGAAGAUGUUCUUACUGUGGCUGGUGGAGAGCUUCAAGAGCUAAACUCUAAGUGUAACUUCUUCCCUGACCCAUCAACCUUCAGCAGUGAAGACAUGUCACAGGAUUUCGGUAUCCCUCGCACCUCCAGCAUUGCCAAAUCCAAGCGUCCUUCAGUCUCUUUCGCAGAGGGCACAAAGUUCAGUCCUAAAGAACGCCGGAGUUCAACUCAAGACCUACCAGGAACAAGUCGGAAACCCAAGGCCUGGGGCGUACUGAUGAUCUCUGCCCUGCAAGGAGGACAGGGAAACCACAGUGAAACAGAAAUAGAAAAAGAAGAGAAAAACAAGGAGGAGACCAUCUCCUCUGAGGAGCAAGCAGCUGCAUCUGAAACAACACAAACUGACUCGGAGAGAUACAGUUCUGGCCCGCUAAGGACUUACCUCACUGUGCCCAGUGGGAGACGACGUACACUUUCCAAUACCAGGAAGAAUGUCCAGCCGUCUGAUAGCGGCCAGGAUGCAGAUUCAGAGAAGCUAACGACUGUAUAUGUAACUGUGGGUAAGACCCAAAAGAUAGCCAAGCAAGAGCCCCCGGAAGGGCCUGUUCAGGCGAUGCUGCGCAGGUUGGGCAGCCUACAGAGACAAAGAGAGGAGGCUGCCCAGCCCAAAGGAAAGGGGCAGGCGAUCGCCAAGCCACCACGGAGGAAACUGGGAGCACGGGCCAGUGCAUGGGAGCAAGCUACUGGGUCAAACCAAUCUGAGGUGGUCAUGAGGAAACCCAGCCGGAGGAAACACAACUCACUCAGCUCCCCCUGCACAGUGGGGGCAACAGACUUUCCUCAGGAGAACUGCACCCCCAAGAGGCCAUUGUCCUCCAUUUUAAAAAGUGUUCCAGAGAGCGAUACGCUCCAUAGUUUGGAGGUGGAGCAAGAUACUGAGGCAGUGUACGAGACUGACACUCUGACAGAGCACACGUAUGAGACUGUGGCUCCGUCUGAUGGGGUCUCCACAUCUUCAGAGAUUAUUAUUAAUGAGACAGUUGUGGACCAAGCAGAAAAUGACCCAAAUUAUGAGAAUGUUUAUGUAAAGCAUUCAUAAUAUUUCUGAAUCUUAAAGUUUAUGAUGGGCAAUUUUUUGUACUAUAAUGUAGGUUUUGCCUAAACUGCAUAAACAUAUCUACAAAUUGUUUUGUUUGUAUAUUCCCUAUUAUAAUUUCUAUUAAAAUGUUAAUUUGC